AUGUAUUCUUGGAUAGGAUCAAUUAUCGUAAUUUUUGUUUCUGUGAUAUUGGUCAAGCACUUUCGAAGGUCAAAGUACAAAAAUUUUCCGCCAGGUCCAAUUGGUUUGCCAAUUUUAGGAUAUUUGCCGUUUCUAGGAUCAGAGCCGUUCAGAACUUUACACGAGCUUCGAAGAAAGAAUGGAAAUGUGUUUAGUUUAUACCUCGGACAAACUUAUGUGGUAGUGCUGGGAGAUUACAUUGCUGUGAAGGAAGCUUUCAGUCUGUCUUCAACUACUGAUCGACCGGAGAAGAUUUUCGACUUUUUACCAGAUGGAGUAGGGUUCUCCAGCGUAAACGGCGAAGAGUGGGUUGAGCAGCGACGUUAUUGUGUGCGUGCCAUGAGAGACCUGGGAUUGGGGCGAAGUAAUUGGGAACGAUCUGUCCAGUGCAAACUGUUAAGUUCCAGCGUUUCCAACAACAUUUCUUCUCUUCUCUUUGUGCGCCUGCCUGUUGGUGAUCCGACCAGAGAUCGUAUGGACCAAGGCAUCAACGUAGUGUCACGGUUCUUCAGUCAAUCCGGGCUUCGGCUCUACUUCCCUUUUCUCGUUGAUGUUUUGGUGAAGCUUGGAAUCACCGAAUAUGCAAGGAUUCACCAAAAACUCGUGGAUUUCAAUCGUUUCAUUAGGGAAGAAGUACAACAACGUAAAACUGUUACUAAGAAUGAGGAUCUUGACAUUUUUAUCGAUGGUUAUAUACAGGAGAUGGAAAAAUGCAAAAGCAUUCCAGGAAGCACUUUUAACGAUAAAAACUUAUGUGGAAAUGUUCAAGCUUUGCUCGUUGGCGGUAGCGACACUACGAGGACCUCCAUCAAUUGGCUUCUUUUAGCAAUGGUCAGUUUCCAACACAUUCAGAUGCAAGUCCACGCAGAGCUAGACACCGUUCUGGGAAAGGAAGGCAAAAUCACGUGGUCGGAGCGAGCAAGAGUGCCCUACACGUUCGCCGCCAUCAUGGAAGGACAAAGAUGGAAGACAGUGGCUCCAAUUAACACGUCAAGAAUUGCAAUGGAUGACAUAAGGAUAUGCGGGUACGACAUCCCAAAAGGCACGACGAUAAUUGCAAACAACUGGGGACUGCACAACGAUACAAAAUAUUGGAAAGAUCCAGAAGUGUUUGAUCCAAAACGCUUUCUGACUGAAGAUGGUAAAACAAUUAAAAUUAAGCCAGAGAGUUAUGUUCCAUUUUCCUUCGGUAAACGGAACUGCCCCGGAGAGACAGUAGCCUUGAUGGAAAUACUCCUCUAUUUUGCAACCCUAAUGCAAAAGUUUGAGGUGUUACCUCCACAUGGAUCAAGACCAAAGAUGGAUGCUAUUCUCGGACUGACUUAUCAAGCAGUCGAACAAAAACUGCGCUUUAUUCCCAGACAAUAA